AUGUCGGCCCUCGCCCGCAAUCGGAACGGAGGGAGGAGCAGCGAUGAUGCAAAUAAUGCGACGCGUACCUUGGGCGAUGUGAUGAGGACGGCCCCAACCAACUCUCCCGACAUUAUCGUACUCGAUGAGACAUACGACGAUAAGAAACGAAAAGACGACCCCAGCCCCCGCGAAGAUUUGUGGUUAACAUCCGCGGACGGCCGGUACAACUCGGCCAUCAUACCCCUCCGUGUCGGCCAAGCGCCGGACCAGGAAGUAUUCCAGGUGCACAGGGAUAUUUUGAUGACGGCCGAAUACUUUCGAAAAGCGCUCUGCGGCGACUUUAGAGAGGCCGAGGCGCAGACGAUUGAUUUUCCCGAAGAAGACCCAGCAAUUUUUCAUUUCCUCGUGGCCUUUUUGUACCAGAAGACUUUCGUUCCCAUUAGGCCCGCCGCUUCAGCACUAGGUCUCGACGAACCGGAUCGAGGCAAGGCGCAAGAUACUGGCCACCAGAGCGAGUCGGAAUCGGAGAUUUCGUCCUCAGAGGCCAGCGAUGCGAGCGCUAGGAGUCGAAUGCGGGCGCAGCGGCGGCAACGGCGGCGAGAGCGGCAAUGGGAACGCCUGAAUCGAAAACAACCCGGUGCACACCGCCCGGAUUGCAGAUGCCCGCGCUGCACCACCGCCACCGGACCGCCAUGCUGGAACUGUGGUGUCGCUCGCGCGAGGCCGAUGCCAGGCGGGCCCAUGCCGCAAAUUAUCCCUAUACCACCUAUGCGGCCCCCCGUCAUGCCACCGCAUCGUCGACGUCGCAGCCGGCCCCAGGUUCUUACACCACCCGGGUCAACGCCUUCGGUGGGUACUUCGGCCUCAGGCAACGACGAAAUGAUGGAUGGCGACCGUAUCCGGGGAGAGGACAUGCGGACGUGGCUUCUCACUUAUGAGCUAAGCCUGGACGUCUACAUAACCGCCAACAAGUUCAUGAUGGACGACUUCAAAACCGUCAUCGUGCGCCACUGCGUCGACAUGCUCGAGUCCGCCGGGUCCGACGCGGCGCAGCCGGCCGUCUUGCAACUGUGCUCAAAGCUGUACGCUGGCGUGCCUGAGUCGGAUGUCCUCCUGAAGAUGAUAUUCGCUCGCGUCGGCUUUCUGCAGCCUCUGCUGUGGCAGCGGGCACCGCAACAGACGUCUGACUUCUUGAUCGGACAUCCGGAGGUGGCGGCUCUAAUGCUCCGCGAGACGGCGAUCCGGAGAGAGGAGGACCUGGGUAGCAGGGCGCUGCCGUCUAUGGAGCGGGCGACUCACAACCAUCCUAUGCCCGUCUGGCCGGUCGGCGCGCCUCUACCCCCUCAUAUGCGGCCACCCCCGCCUCCACCUCCGCAGCCGCACUGGCAUCCGGGCUGGUGA